CUCAUCUGAGCAAAAUCUGCAUCCCACUUUUUCUCCCUUCCUUUCUUUUGGGUUACAAGAAUCUCCACUGAUCAACCGUUAAAUACCAUCAAUGGGGGGGAAACCCAAUUCCUGACACACUCCGAAACUUCUUCUAAUGCUCACUAAACUAGCUAAUCGUCUUUCUGUGAAAUGAUGAACUCCCCCAAUAUCGAUUUCCAGGACAGGACAGCAGAGUUCGGCCCUCACAGCAACAAUCUGUUCCUCGGGCAGCAGGAAACUUGGGGGGUUCGGCUGGAAUCGGCGAUGAUCGAGGCGGCGGCGGCGGCGGCGGCUGAAGAGGGUAGGAGCCAGAGUCAUGAAAGUAGUAGUAAUAAGGCGUCGAGCAGCAUGGUGAGCAGGUUCGAGUCGCCGGCGUCGGCUUUCUACGCGACGGAGAGGUACAUGAUGGGGCUGCCGGAUUAUCAGGAUUGCAAUCGCUACUCGAGAUCGUACCAGGAUUCCGACGCCAUCAUCGGCCGCCAGAGCUUUUCCUCCCCUACUUCUUCCAGUAUCACUUCAGGGGAGCAGCGGCAGGAGCUCAAGCUGCUGCACCGCGCCUCCUCGUUUCAGGAUAUGGCCAAAUCGCAAUUCUUCACCAGUAAUCAGCUGCAUCAGCAGCAGCAGCUUAUUGACUACAAACCUGGCUUUCAGAGAAGUUUGUCUUACAAGCAGCUUCAGAUGGGGGCUCAGCAGCAGCAGCAUCAGCUGGUUCCUUUCCAGGGAAAUCAGGAUCACAAUCUGCAGGUUGGUGUGCCAUAUUCGCAGAUGGGAUUUGGUGGAGGGAGGCACGAGAAGCUGUCUCCAGGAUCAUCAUCGUCGUAUGGUUCAGCUGGAGGUGGUUCUGGGGCGGCAGGUUUAUCGAAUAAGACCCGGAUUCGAUGGACUCAAGCUCUCCAUGAGAAGUUUGUUGAGUGUGUCAAUCGCCUUGGAGGUGCAGAAAAAGCAACUCCCAAGGCCAUUCUGAAGCUGAUGGAUUCAGAAGGACUCACCAUCUUCCAUGUCAAAAGUCAUCUGCAGAAGUACAGGAUUGCCAAGUACAUGCCAGAAUCUUCUGAAGGUGAAAUUUCCCAAACUAAGCCUGCCACAUCUCAUUUGAAUGGAUUUUAACUUUUUCCUGCUAUCUUGUGAUUGACAAUGAGACCCAGUUGUCCUAUGAACAUCAACAAGAAAAGAAAAGAAAUGUUAACCCCACCCAUUUGUUUUAUGGGAACAAAACAAGAAAGGGGAAUAUGGUUAUUUCCCAGAACAGCAAAACAAGAAGAAACAAAAGGGUCAUAAUGCAUCCAAUUGAGAAUUACUUUGAGGAAGUUGGUGAUGGUAUUGCAGGAAAGGCUGAAACAAGAAGUUGCAUUAAUGAUGUAUCACAGCUUGACAUGAAAGCUGGAUUUCAAAUCCGGGAGGCACUUCAACUACAACUAGAUGUUCAGAGGCGUCUUCAUGAACAACUGGAGAUUCAAAGAAAUUUGCAGUUGAGGAUUGAAGAGCAAGGAAAGCAGCUGAAGAUGAUGUUUGAUCAACAACAGAAAAUGAAUAACACUAAUAACAGCAACCACAGUUUGGACAGUUUCAAUGUGACCACAUUAUCCCAUCCCCAAGAAGAUGAUCAUCAGGAGACAAUUUACAGUACUCUACAAGAUGCUGAAGUCUCCAUUGCUCCACAACAAGGGUCUGAAAAUGCCAACUUCCCAUCAAAAAUAAGUUAGAUACAUUAUUACUUUUAAAAACCUUUCUUUCACAUUUAAGCUCUUCCCUUUUCUCAAACUUGCACAUUUACCUUGCACAUACAUAUAUAAUAUACAUACAUGUGUAAAAAAAAAUCCUUACUGCACAAGGAAAAUUCAGUUGGAGGUUGGAGCUUCACAGACAGAAACAGAAUCCAUGCUUUGCUCAAUCCAUCUCUAAAAGAGAAUCAAUGCUUUGUAAAGAGAAUAGAUAAAGAAAAGAGAGGAUUUGUAUUCUUCCAUUACAAACACUAUCCAUAAAUUGCAUGCAAUUGUAAUGUGGUAUUGAUGAGUGAUUGGCUCUUGUGAAAUGUUCUUCAAAUGGAUUCUUCUUUAUCGUUUGGCAGGUUGGUUGGUCCAUGUGUCGUGUGUACUUUCACUUGUGUUGCCUUUUGGCGUUGUACCGCUCAAUGAUUCAGCUGAAGAAAAGAUAAGAAAGUAUCGUUAAGUGAAUCUAAUACCCGACUCAUGUGC